UGGCAGUCACGUGACAUGAUUCAAAAUGGCGGCGGGAGCAUUGGAUAAAGCCCACGAAAUUGAAAAUUUCUACGGUUGUUAUUUAUUGUACAGCUUAAACCCUAAAUGUAAAGGGCGGACAUACAUAGGAUUCACCGUUGACCCAAACCGUAGGAUAAAGCAGCAUAAUGCUGGUAAACAAGCCGGCGGAGCCUGGAGAACAAGCGGGAGAGGGCCCUGGGAGAUGGUGCUGAUAAUCCAUGGGUUCCCCAAUGAAAUAUCUGCUUUAAGAUUUGAAUGGGCCUGGCAGCAUCCUGAAGUAUCUCGCAGACUAAAGCAUAUUGUCAAGAGACGAAAAGCAGAACAUGGAUACAAGCACAAGUUCCGGAUAGCAUGUGAAAUGCUGAGAGUUGGACCCUGGUGCCGUCUUCCUCUCACAAUACGCUGGCUGAAACAAGAGUACACCUUGGACUUUCCUCCUGAUUUAACUCCCCCAGUACAUAUGCCUAUUGUGUAUGGUCCGGUGAAAAGUGUGAAAGUCAAGAAUAAGACUAAGGGCAAAAGGACAAAGACUACUGAUACUGAGACUGAAAGAAGUGGUGAUGAUGACAGUGAUGAUUUUGCUCAGCUGUUACAACCCAGCAGCAAGCAUCCUAGAUGUGCAGUGUGUAGUGAAAGAUUUGUGGGUGAAGAUGACAGACUGAAGUGUAUUCAACCAAACUGUGUCAUGCAGGCACACACCAUCUGCCUGGCCAAAGUAUUCCUCCAGCAGGGGGCAGUAAAAGCCAUGAUACUCCCAGUGAAUGGACAAUGUCCAAAAUGCCACCAAGAUGUGCUGUGGGGAGACCUGGUGAGGUUAAAGAGGGGUUGCUACCAAAAUAUUGAAGAGCAGGCUGCCUCAGAAGAAAGUGAAGAUCACUGGGCCAACCAACUCACUCAAGCAUGAGAACAGUACCUAAAUGGACAAAUGUCAACUCGACUAGAAACAUACAUCAGACAUGAUAACUCAACCAAACACAUGCCAAAUGUGAUAUCUUUACCAGUCAGUUGCUCAGAUAUGACUGGUUCACUAGGCACGUCAGCUCCUGCUGGUCUUAAGUUUGUCAUCUAAAACCGACACUCUUGUUAAACAGACAUAUUAUGUUGAUAUUAAUGCUGGUCCAGAUAUAACUUAAGCAUCAUUUGCCAGUAGAUUUUAAAGCUAACAGGUAAUGGCUGGAAAUGAAAAUUAUGAAUACUGUGAUAAAUUUAUUAUCUGAAUUUGUUUAUAGACCUUUUUCCUCCAUUUUUGGAGUAGUAAUUUAAGCAUUUUUUAUGUUUUUCUAUUCUGUGAAAUAAUGGCACUACCAAUAUUAAUUUUUUAUGUCAUUUAUUAAACCAAAACAAAACAA